AUGACUUUGUCAGAUCUGAAGAACAGCAUCUUGGAGAAGCUUGGCGUGUUGGGUAGCAAGUGGGUGAAGAAACUAUUCUACAAGAUUCCCAUGGCGGUUGUAUCGACCGGUGUUCAGUAUGAAACCUUUGCAGUUAAGGCUGAUGAAGAUAUUAGGGUUCUGUUCUACUGUGUACGGAGUUUUUCGGAGAUCAGAAUCCAUGAGUUGUUCGCGAAGUUGGAGGUUGGUGUCGAUAGUUCUGGGGCAUCCGCGCCAGUUCCCUGCCCAGCUGCCGCGGGUGGAGCAUCUAAUUCGAUGCCUGCGGUCAGACCGUAUCUUCCGCCGGUUCAAUCACCUUCGUUUGCGGCUGAUUUAGACCGAACGGAAGUUGUUGGUUCUAUACCUUUGGAGAAUGCAGCAGUCAUUGAGCCUCCGCACGUUGUGGGCACCGGUGGUGGCCUCGUACCUUAUAUCGAAGACUUUGGUGGACCUGAUCAAGUAGAGAAUGUAAUGCGUGACGAUGAGUCUGACCAGGAGCCUGUUGAUAUCGAUGGUGACAGCGACGAUGACAGAUGUGGCGAUCCACAUGCGCAGCAUAGACCAGCAAGUUCUGGUUCUCAUCACUACCCUCCACACUUCUCGACACUAAACUUGGAAGCUCUUGGUCAACAGGAAGACAGUGGUAACAUAGUGGGGGGAUCUUCUGCAGAAUUUCAGAUUGGGCAAUCAUUCCAAAGUAAAGAUGAAGCUGUGCUGAGUGUAAAGGACUAUAGCAUCCGGCGAGGUGUUGAGUACAGAGUCAUCAAAUCGGAUCAUUUGAAGUAUCAUGGAAAAUGCAAGGAAUUCGGCAAGGGUUGUAGUUGGUUGAUUCGUGUAGCGCUUCGUGCACGAAAGGGGACUUGGGAGGCAGAUGCUGCGGUUACGGUAAAGGUACUUCAACAAGCGACAGAAGCUGAUUACAGUUUCAGGCCUAGUUACAGGAAGGUUUGGAUGGCUAAGCAGAAGGCAGUGACAGAAAUAUAUGGAGAUUGGGAAGAGUCUUACGCGGAGUUGCCACGUUGGAUGCUAGGGAUCCAGGCAACAAUGCCGGGAACAAUCACGGUGCUGAAGACGUCUCCUGUUCGGAUUGGUGGUGGGGUUGAUGAGUCCACCGAGUACUUUCACCGGCUAUUCUGGACAUUUCCACCCUGUAUCGAGGCAUUCCGGCAUUGCAAGCCCCUCGUCAGUAUUGAUGGUACCCACUUGUAUGGGAAGUAUGGAGGGACGCUGCUGUUGGUGAUAGCUCAGGACGGGAACUCGAACAUCCUCCCGAUAGCAUUUGCCCUUGUGGAGGGCGAAAAUGCAGAGUCGUGGCAUAGUGGGAUCAAGGCAGCGCUUGAGGCACCUGAGACUGGGUGGCUGCCUCCUCGGGCGUUCCAGGCCUACUGUAUUAGGCAUGUGGUUGCGAAUUUCGCCCUAACGUUCAAAGGUAAGGACUCCAGGAGGCUGUUGGUGAAUGCUGCCUACGCAAAGACUGAGGCUGAGUUUUACUACUGGUUUGACAUCAUGCGGACUGAGAAUCCAGCAAUGUUUGACUGGGCCAACCGGAUGGAGUAUGACAAAUGGACCCAACAUGAGGAUGCUGGUCGACGGUUCGGGCACAAGACCACAAACAUCAGUGAAUGUGUGAACUCCGUGCUAAAGGGAACUCGCAACCUGCCGGUCACAUCUUUGGUUAAGUCAACCUACGGGAGGCUUGCUCAGCUAUUUGUGGUACGGGGACAGACAGCAGAGGCACAACUCGGAUCUGGGCAUGAAUUCUGUCAGGCCUUGGUAAAGUCUAUUGAUCGGAACCUAAGAGACUCGAGGUGCUUCACUGUGACAUUAUAUGACAGGCAGCAGUCCGAGCGCUGCAUUAUCCUUGUUGCCACGCCAUUGCGUGUUGCGCCUACUCCCGGCUGA